AUGAGUACAUCAACUGUUAACAAAAAAGAACUUGUUAUUGCUGGUCAAACAAAUGUUUAUUAUAAAUUUUUAAAUUUAAAACAAAAUCAACGAAAUAAAAAUGAAACUAUUCGUGUACAUACAAUUGAAAAAGGUUCUAUCAGCUCAUUUAUGAAUAAUUUCAAUAGUGAUGAAAAUAUAAUUGAAGAAAAAGAAAUUAAAAAUACUGAUUAUGAACAAGUACCUAUUGAAAAAUGUGGUAUGGCUGUUCUACAUGGUAUGGGUUAUAAAGAUGAUGCUAGUCGUGGCAUAUCAAAUAAAAACCAAGUUGAUGGAUUUGUACCGAAAAUUCGACCACAUGGUCUUGAAUUGGAUGCUGAUAGAAAAAUUCUUCAAAAAAAUGAAUUAAUUAAACUGAAAUUUUAA